AUGCCGGUCGUGAAGGGUGGCGUUUGGACUAACGUCGAGGAUGAAAUCCUCAAGGCCUCGGUUUCCAAAUACGGACUCAAUCAAUGGGCACGUGUGUCCUCCCUUCUUGCACGAAAGACUCCGAAGCAGUGCAAGGCAAGAUGGCUAGAAUGGCUGGAUCCCGGUAUUCGCAAGAUCGAAUGGAGCAAAGAAGAGGAUGAGAAACUUCUGCAUCUUGCAAAGUUGAUGCCGACACAAUGGAGAACAAUCGCCCCUCUUGUCGGCAGAACCGCUACUCAAUGUCUUGAACGAUACCAAAAGUUGCUCGACGAUGCAGAGGCUAGGGAGAAUGAGGAGCUGGGACUUGGAGGCCCGGAUGGCGCCGAAACAUUGGCACCUACGGCCGACCAGGUCAGAAAACUCCGUCCCGGAGAGAUGGACCCUGAUCCGGAGACGAAGCCUGCUCGGCCCGAUGCAAUUGAUAUGGACGAGGAUGAGAAAGAGAUGUUGAGCGAAGCACGUGCCCGUCUUGCCAAUACCCAGGGUAAAAAGGCAAAGCGGAAGGCAAGAGAACGACAAUUAGAGGCAUCACGACGACUAGCGGUUUUACAAAAGCGACGUGAGCUAAAACAUGCCGGUAUCAACAUCAAACUCACCAAUAGGAAGAAGGGUCAGAUGGAUUACAAUGCCGACAUUCCAUUCGAGAAGAAGGCAGCCGCUGGAUUCUACGACACAUCAGAAGAACAAGCAAGAAACGAGAGAACCCUACAAGCUUUUGAUCCGAGAAAGGCAGUCGUGCAAUCAAAGAGAAAGGGUGAUCAAGAUGAUGAUAAUGACCCAAAGCGUAGGAAGAAAGGACAGAAUGCCGAUGUUCAGGCUGCGAAAAAGGUCGCCCAGCUUCAGCGGAUCCGGGAGGCAGAGCAAAUGAGUAAACGCCGACAACUAGUGCUACCGAUGCCACAAGUUGGAGAUGCCGAGCUAGAGGAUAUUGUUAAAAUGGGCAUCGCCGGUGCAAACGCCAAUAAGUUGGCCUCGUCAAGCGAAAAUGAAUCGACGAAAGGGUUGGUUGGUGACUACACCAACGUUAUCAACAGCGGCAUGCCGAUUAGGACCCCAAGAGCUCCCCCGCAGGAAGAUCACAUUGCGAAUGAGAUUCGCAAUAUCAGGGCUCUAACCGAAACCCAAUCAUCUCUCUUAGGUGGUGAAAAUACCCCUCUGCAUGAGGGUAAAGGGACCACGGGCUUUGAAGGCAUGACACCAAGGAGGUCGGCCAUCGUUACUCCCAAUCCCAUGGCGACGCCAAUGCGGCCAGGCAUGCCCGGAGCUACACCUCUUCAUUCUGGACUCCCUGGUCAGACUCCCCUGCGUACUCCCAGAGACAAUCUUGCGAUCAAUGCCAAUGGAAUGGGCGGGUUUGUUAGUGAAACUCCCCGUGAACAAAAAAUGAGACUUACAUCUCUAAAAUCCCAACUUCAGGCAGGAUUUUCAAACCUGCCUAAACCUAAAGAAGAGAAAUGGGAAUUUGAGAUUGAUGAUCCAGAUGCGGAAGGGGAGGCAGUGACUGAAGUUAUAGAGGAGGAUUCUGAGGAGCGUGAUAAGCGAUUAAAGGCUAUCAGGGAGGCACAAGAGAGACUUGAGUUUGCUAGAAGAACUCAAGUGGUACAACGUGGUCUGCCCCGUCCCACUGUGCUUGACAUAGAUGCUUUGUACGAGGCUUUCUCCACUAGUGGGGCUUCGCCGGAGGACCUUAUCCAGAACGAGAUGUCUCUCUUAAUUGCGUCAGAUGCCUUGAAAUUCCCAGUACAGGGAGGGAAGGUUACUGGUGUUCCAAAACCUCUGAGCGAGGUAGAGGAUGAGCAUGUCAAGAAAGCGCGGCUGGAGAUUCUGGUAGAGCUGCCGGCCGAUGUCUUGAAGACGAUGAACAAGACUUAUGAAAACGGGUGGGAGAACGCGUAUUGGUCCGGUGGGCUCCCCGGUUUGGAUGGGUAUGGCGAUGAUGAAGAGGUGGACAAAAAGAAUGUCAUGAAAACCAUAUUUGAUGCUGUUCAAUCGAACCUCAUCAAGAACGCCGAGGCCGGUAACAAGCUAGAAAAGAAACUCGGUUUAACUCUGGGCGGUUACCAGAAACGUCAGCAGAUUCUCGCACAGAAGAUUACAGAGGCAUAUAGUGCUGUCCUAGAUGCAAAGAACAAACUUGACAGCUUUAAGACUCUGGCAAUUUCAGAAGAAGAUGCCAUUCCAAGGCGACUAGAUACCCUGAGAUCAGAGGUUGAGUUUGUCCAGAAACGCGAAAUGGAGGCACAAAUGAUGUAUAAGACAAGGAGGGAGGAAUCGGAGGGCUUAGCAGCUGUCAACGGGGCUGCAUAA